AUGGAAUCAUCAUUAACCAAAAAUAUAAGCGAAAUUAAAUUAUUUAAAGAUUAUCAUAUUUUAGAUUCAUAUAUAGGAAAGCAAUUAUAUUAUUUAUAUCACUCAUGUUCAUCCUCUUCUGAAAAUUUAAAAUUAUUAAAAGAUUCAAUUGAAUCAUUUUCGAGCAAAGAUAACGAAAACGAAUUGAUAUUAACCUUUUCAAUAUUAAAUUCAUUCCAAUCAUUUUUAGUAAACAAAUUACAAAUAGACCAAGAAUUAAGGGAUAAUAAUGAUAAUGAA